AUGACUUCCAGGUUUGUUCAGAGGAGCGUCAAAGGACAUCCGGAGUAUUCAAAAAGUGUGGGGUGGGGGGGAAACUUCUGGAUCCGCCCACUUAUUCAGAUCUGCACGGAAAUUGACUUUAUUCAUACUUUGAUAUUAGCCACCUCCUCUUCCUAUUCCCCCUUUCAACAGCAUAUUUUUCUUACUGCUCGGUCUACCACAGACUCCUUUCUGCUCAGAGAUCCCAGUCCCAACCCUCUGAAUGAGCUCUGUCACAGCGCCCCCUGGCGGACUGACAGGGAGGAGAACGGGGAGCAGGGAGACGCACUCGGAGAGCAGCUGCAGGAGAUGGACGAGCAUGUGGCCAGGCUCCAGGACAUGCUGAGGUGUGAGCGCACCAAGUGCACUCAUCUGCAGCUGCGUUGUAACCAACUGGAGGCCGAGCUGAGGCGGCGGGAGCAGCAAAGCAUCCGGCUGAAGGAGCGACUGUCACAGCAGCUCAGUGUCAGACACAAGGAGAAAGGAUCCUCCAUAGAGGUGUUAAAUUUCCCCCCUGGAGGCCGCAGCAGAAGAGAACAGCCAAUCAAAUCCUUUGUGUCUACUGCAAAACGGGAAGAGGCAGCACUGCGUCUGAUGCUGGAGCGCAGAGAGGCAGAGCUCAGAGAGGCGAUGAAGCUGCGCCACAGCCUCACCACAUUGCUUCAUGCUCUCAGGGUCAACAUGGAGCAGACCCUGUCAGACUCCGAAGACGUUGAGGACGAGGUCCAACAUGACGACAAAAUAUUGUACGAAGCUGAGGUGGUGCUUGGUGACCAUGUGACAGGAGGUGUGGUUCAGAGUUGGAGGAAGGUGCAGAGGAGACUGGGCGACGUCCAGUAUGAAGGUCACACUGGAGAUGUUACUGACCAGGACAAGCUCUUGGCUCAACUAGGAACUGAACUGAGAGAGAGUCAACAGCUUGUCAGAUUACAACAGCAAAUGCUACAGGGUGACCUCGCCUCACCUGUCCCCUCUGAACUGGCCGAUUCCUACUUUUUGGAAGAGUGGGAGCGUCUCCAGCUGCGGUGGGCCGAGCUCCAUCAUCAGAGGAGGACUUUUGAAAGAGAGAGGCAGUCCUUCACCGACGCCGCAAUCCGACUGAGCCACGAGCGUCGUGAUUUUGAGCAACAGAAGGCCUCUCUCGUCAAGCAGCAGUAUUUGUGCGACUCAUCUCUGUGUAGUAAAGGAGCACCAAGCAGCAAGAGAAGAGAUGGCACUGCUCUAAAUUUCUCAGGUUUGGGGCCCACCAGCAUAUCUGGCUGUCUUCCCAUCACUCCAUCAUCCGUAGGCUCUGGGUCAGCUGCUCUCUCUGUGUUAUAUCAGGGAAGGGUCACAGUUCAAACUCCCAGCACUCCUGAGCUCUACGAGGCCCUCAAUCUAUCAUACAACUGCAGAUCAAUCGAGGUUGAUCCCCAAUCAGAGACAUGGGACUGUGGCACAGAGAAGAUGGUGGAUGCACCACAGGCUUCACACUUGGACUGGUCAUUUUAAUACAUUUUGUCACUACAGAGCACUGUGAACAGAGGAUACAGUGUCCGCCUGUCACGGCUGCAGAUUCUGUUCCAAUCCAACACUCUUCUGCAGGUCUUCCCCCAAUCAGUCUCCUUGUUUCACACUUGUCUUUCCUUUCGAAGGCAAAACAUCUGAUUUUGUCUGUUUUAUAGUGCCAGAACAAUGCGCUAUCUUACAGUAGCUGUUUAUGCCUGGUCAUGCAUCUAUCAUCUAAAAUGGUUCCUAAACAACAUAAUACAAUAGUUUUGUAUGUCAUUAUUAUAGCAUGAUAUUGAUUGACUGUAUUUGUUUAUGGAAACCAAUAUCCUGUAUCCAGAUUAGUUUGAAUAAGACACCGCCAUGUAAACAUCAUUUUCUGAUUCGUAUUACUUUAUAUUCUGAAUAAGCAAUACAAUGUAAUCAAGAGAUGAGGACUGAACCUGGCCGAUUGGAAAACGAUGUCCUCUUGUCCUGUGUUAAUGCUCAGGAGCUACUUCAGAAUUACUCCUUGUCGUUAGUGAGACCUCCUCGAACAGUUCUACAAGGCCCUGUCGAUUUUAACUGUUUCUGUGUUGGACAUUGUGGGCUGAGCUUUUUACAGUCUAUGGUGCAGAGUGAGGUUAGAAAACUGUGAUCAUCCUACCUGGUUUAGCUGCAGUGAAGUUUUCUAUAGUCAAUGUUUUUUCAUGAAAUGAAAAUUAAGUUUAAGUUUUAAUACAAUAUUGAAUACUUUGCAUGCUAUUUCAGGUCUGUUUAGUAAUUGACACAAUCUUCAGACCUAAGUUCACACUUUUUCAGUUUAAAAGAUCUGUAAUUAUGAAUAUU